UAAUUAAUAGGUCCACAGUCUUUGGUCGUACAUUCACAGCCAGACCCAACCAGGGCCAACUUCAUUUUCUUCAUCCCCUGUUUUCUCUUCUAGUGGGUUUGACCGAUUAAACUUGCCGGCUUUCAGAGCUGUACCCAAAGUUCCCCACCAUUUUUCCCAACCUCCAUAAAUUGACCUGCACUAUUUUUUCUCUUUUUUCAAGCUCCAUCCAUUCUGUAAUCUUUUUUUCUCUCUAAACCCAUUUUUUUAUUUUAUUUUUUUUCCAUGUUUUCAUCAAAACUCUUUCUUGUUGUAUAUAUGAAUUUCAAGCUCACCAAAAACAUUGAACAACCAUAAUUCUGUUAGAAACCCUUUUUUUUUUUUGGCAAGCUCUGUGGUUUUCCAUUUUAUAUCAUCGUCAUGGUUUUGGGUAGUUUGAUAUUUUGCUUCGUCUCCUUCAUAGCUCUUUUCUUCGUUGUUAAAUUCUUGUCAAAAACCUCUUUGAUUUUCUUACUUGUUAAAGCUUGGCACUCAUUCACAGACCAUUUUCAUGUAUAUCAAUUCUACAAAGUCCCACAGUUCAACGAGCAUUUCCAAGAAAACCAACUCUACCGCAAGAUUUCAACAUACUUGAAUUCUCUCCCUUCAGUUGAAGACUCCGAUUUCACAAACCUCUUGUCCGGGUCAAAAUCCAACGACAUAUUCUUCCACGUCGACCCGACCCAAUUGGUCCAGGACAAUUUUCUCGGCGCUCGAGUUUCAUGGACGAACCAGAAAUCGUCGGAGCCAGAUGGGUCCCGAUCGUUCGUGCUGAAAAUCAAGAAGAGCGACAAGCGGAGAGUUUUCCGACAGUAUUUCCAGCACAUUCUCUCUGUUUUCGACGAUAUUGACCAGAGGAAGAAGGAGCUUAAGCUCUACAUGAAUUCCAUCAGCAAUUCCGAUCGAGACGAACGGUGGAGAUCGGUUCCGUUCACUCAUCCGGCGAGCUUCGACACCGUAGUCGUCGAUUCUGAUUUGAAAAACAAAGUCAAAUCCGACCUCGAACAGUUCAUGAAGUCCAAACAGUAUUAUCACAGGUUAGGCCGUGUUUGGAAACGAAGCUAUUUGCUUUACGGUCCUUCGGGCACAGGAAAAACCAGUUUCAUUGCCGCCAUGGCUAAGUUCCUCUGCUACGACGUCUACGAUAUCGACAUGUCGAGGAUAUCAGACGACUCAGAUUUAAAGAUGCUUCUUCUGCAAACAACUUCUAAGUCGUUGAUCGUGGUGGAGGAUCUUGAUCGCAUUCUGAUGGGGAAGUCAACGGGCGUGAGCAUGUCGGGGCUGUUGAAUUUCAUGGACGGGAUUAUAUCGUGUUGCGGUGAAGAGCGUGUUUUGGUAUUCACGAUGAACGGUAAAGAUCAGAUUGAUCAAGCGGUUAUGAGGCCGGGACGUAUAGACGUUCACAUACACUUCCCUCUAUGCGAUUUUUCUGCGUUCAAGAGCUUGGCGAACAGUUACUUGGGUGUGAAGGAGCACAAGCUGUUUCCUCAGGUGGAAGAGAUUUUCCAAACCGGGGCGAGUUUGAGUCCGGCUGAGAUCGGGGAGAUCAUGAUCUCGAAUCGGACCUCGCCGAGUCGGGCUUUGAAAUCGGUUAUUUCCGCUUUGCAAAGCGUUAAUGAAGGGAGACAGAGAUUGAGUAAUAGUGGAUCGGGUCGGUCGGAUUCGGGUGAACCCGGAGCUUUGUUUUGCCGGGAGAGUGUCCACACGGUGAGGGAGUUUCGGAAUCUGUAUGGGCUUUUUCGGUUGGGGAGUAGGAGGAAAGAGGAGCCUUGGGAUUUGGGCCCCACAGAGAAAGACAACGCAUAAGAAAUAUUAUUAUAUGGCUGGAGAACUUCGGGGCUCCCAAUUAUUGUCUAUCAGAAUUUUCGGAAGGUUUUUUUUUUUUUUUUUUUUUUAAAUUAUUUUUUUAUUUGUUACUAAUGUAAAAGUAAUAUCACACAGAGUAGAAAUUGUAAGUUAAUGUGUAUAAGAUGUUGGGUCUCAAUCAGGAAAUAUUUGAUUGAGAAGUCCUUUGGUACAAGUAUUGUUUUAUGCUUGUCUAUUCUCUCAGUUGCUUAUACUUUGGGUAUGAAUUUUUCGCCCAUUUUUUGACUUUUGCCAUACACCAAAAAAAAAAAAAAGAUGAAUGACUUUAGCUGUAAUCCAAUUUUAUUUAUUUUUUUUUUUGGGGCCAAGUAAACCAAAAAAAAAAAAAAAAAAAAA